CCUGAGGCGGCCUCGGCCCGGCUGUGGGAGGCCCGGACGGCGGGGAGGCGGGAGUCGGACCGGACCAUGCCGGAGCGGGCCGUGCCGCGGGCCGCUUCUCCAGUUUGAAAGUACCUCUGCUUUCCCGUCUUCUCUCCUUAAAUGGUUGUCGCUUCCCACCUCCCACGGAGGGAUGAGUUAGGCUCGGAGCUGGCGCCGACUCGGGUACCCGUGCAGAGCCCUCGGUAAGCCAAGAGCAAGCUGCUCCCUGGGCUGCUUCCCUCGCCCUUCCCAAAUGCAAGCACAUUGCAGCCAUCACGGAGAAGGGCCUCCUCUUGUCUUCAAGGCACUUGCUUCUGCCUCCUGUUCUUUGUCCAAAAUAGAAAAAGCCAAACCAAAUCAGUCCACAAAGAACUUGUGCUGAUCUAAGGAGGAGGCUCUGGAGUCCCAGUCACCUCUUUGCUUCCCAAGAUCCUGGCUGUGGGCUGGAUUUUCUGUCCUCGACUUCAGGGGAUCAGCUACGGGGAAUCAGGAACUUGGAUACUUUUGAUUUUUGUUUUUACUUGAACCCUUUCAACUGAGAAGCUGAAGCUGUCACUGCUAAAAUCCCGGUUUUUUUUCCCAAGCAUGUCAGAAAGCUGGCAGCAGCAACAGCAGCAACCACAGCAGCCGCCGCCACCGCAGCAGCACCACGCUGGGGCAGCCGCCCUCCCAGAGCACUCCAUCCCGCCCAGCACUGCUGACAACCCCUUGGGCUGUGCUGUCUACGGCAUCCUGCUCCAGCCGGACCCCGGUCUGCAGCACCACCAGCACGCCCCCAUCCAGGCUGGAGAGCCGUCCCACAAAUGUGGUGUGUGUGGCCACGACCUCGCUCACCUCUCCAACCCCCAUGAGCACCAGUGCUUGCCAGGCCAUGACCGCUCUUUCCAGUGUACCCAGUGCCUGAAGAUCUUCCACCAGGCCACCGACCUCCUCGAACACCAGUGCAUCCAGGUGGAGCAGAAGCCCUUUGUGUGCGGCGUCUGCAAGAUGGGCUUCUCCCUCCUGACCUCGCUGGCGCAGCACCACAAUGUCCACAAUGGCAACGCCAUGAAGUGCUCUAUCUGUGAAAAGACCUACAAGCCUCCCGAGGCAGAGCAUUCGCAGCCUCUCGACCCCUCGGAGAAGCCCUACAGCUGCUCCAUCUGUCAGAAAACCUUCAAGCACCUCUCGGAGCUGUCCCGGCACGAGCGCAUCCACACGGGUGAGAAGCCGUACAAGUGCACGCUGUGUGACAAGAGCUUCAGCCAGUCGUCCCACCUGGUGCACCACAAACGGACGCACAGCUCGGAGCGGCCCUACAAAUGCACCGUGUGCGAGAAGACCUUCAAGCACCGCUCCCACCUGGUGCGCCACAUGUAUGCGCACUCAGGGGAGCACCUCUUCAAGUGCAACGUCUGCGAGCUGCACUUCAAGGAGUCGUCGGAGCUGCUGCAGCACCCCUGCACACCCAGCGGGGAACGGCCCUUCCGCUGCGGCGAGUGCCAGAAGGCCUUCAAGCGCCCCUCGGACCUGCGGCAGCAUGAGCGCACGCACAGCGAGGAGCGGCCCUUCAAGUGUGACCUCUGCCAGAUGAGCUUCAAGCAGCAGUACGCGCUCAUGCGCCAUCGCCGCACGCACAAGGCCGAGGAGCCCUUCAAGUGCAACCUGUGCGAGAAGGGCUUCGUGCAGCCCUCGCACUUGGUGUACCACCAGCACGUGCACGGCAUAGAAAACCUCUUCAAAUGCAACGUGUGCCAGAAAGGCUUCAACCAAUCCUCAGAGCUGCUGCGGCACAAGUGCGUGCAGAACGCGGAGCGGCCCUUCAAGUGCGCGGUGUGCAACAAGUCCUACAAGCGGGCCUCGGCUCUGCAGAAGCACCAGCUGGCCCACUGUGCCGAGAAGCCGCUCAAGUGCACGCUCUGCGAAAGACGUUUCUUCUCCUCCUCCGAGUUCGUGCAGCACCGCUGCGACCCGGCCCGCGAGAAGCCCCUCAAGUGCCCCGACUGUGAAAAGCGGUUCAAGUACGCCUCGGACCUGCAGCGCCACCGGCGCGUGCACACGGGCGAGAAGCCCUACAAGUGCCCCUCCUGUGAGAAGGCCUUCAAGCAGCGCGAGCACCUCAACAAGCACCACAGCGUGCAUGCCCGGGAGCAGCAGUACAAGUGCAUGUGGUGCGGGGAACGGUUCCUAGACUUGGGCCUGCUGCAGGAGCACAGCGUCCAGCACACGGCCGAGGGCGCCUACCAGGUUUUGCACAGUUCUUGUAAACAUCACUCAAAUAAAUUUCCCCUAGCAAGGUCGAUGCAGCCUCAGGUGUUUUCCUCUACAGGAUUUUGCUGGCUUCUCAUGACCGAGAGACCCGUUACAUGCCAGUUAGAUGUCUUGGAAGUUGAAGGCGUGCUUACUAGGUUGCCCACCAGCCUUUCCCUCUCCAUCUUUAGAGAUACUAAGAUGUUACGUAUCCAUCUGUGGAGAUAUUCAAGCCCUGACUGGAUGUGGUCCUGGACAACUGACUGUAGGUGACCCUGCGUGAACAGGGGGUUGGACUAGAUGAUCUCCAGGGGUCCCUGCCAGCCUCAGCUCUUCUGUGAUCUUGGCUGGCCCUCAUAUGAGGUAGGAGUGUUGUGACAAGCUGUGAUUAGUGAACAGCAGCCAGGAAGUUGCCCAUGUGCUACACAGGCGAUUAAGUUUAAUAAAUGUUGUCCACAGCAAGUAUAGAUAGAUUAACCUUGCAGAGGGUUGGGCUAUGCCUGCUUUGCUAGGAGGGGACGCUCAUCUGAAAGGUGGAAAAAGGCUUUUGUUUCCAUUUCCAGCACAGCGAGGGGAAACGGAGUGCGUUUUCAGGGACAGAGACAGUUCAGUGACAGACGUGACCCUGGGGCCGAGUAUUCUUCAUGCGCAGCUUUAAGGAGAUUAAAGCAGACCUUGCUGUCUGCUGCCCAAGGAAGAGGGAUCUUACUUCAUGCUGCCUCAAAGAUGUAGAACUUCCUACCGAGUUUUCUGUCAGCGUUUCUUUUUCCUUUUUUACUUUUUUUGCCUUUUUUUAAAGCAGUUUGUUAAUAUUCAUUAAAAAAUACUGUAUAGUUUAACUCGAUGUCAUACUGGAUCUUUAAAAAAAGAAAAAAAUGUGAUAACUUGGAUUUCUAAAGAGCUCUUUGGUUCUAGAUGGCUGGUUUUUGCUGUUUAAUAUGUAGUAAGUUCAGUGUAUGCUUUACUGUAGGAGUAAAAAAUGAGUCCAAACCAAGGAAGGCUAAUCCUGUCUUUACAGAAGGGCUUGGUGGUGAUGGAGGCUGUGAGCACGGGACUGGGGCCAGCUGGGCAGCGCAGCACCCACCUGAACCCUCACUCUGUUCCUGCCUCAGGCCAUGGUUAGCUCUGCUCUUGCCUGGAGCAGCUGCUGCAGGUCCCACUGAGCCAGGGGUCUAGCAGUUGCCCUGACUGCUUGAGCACAGCACCGGCAGCCAGCAUCAGUGCCCAGAGCUGGGAGCUUGCAGAAAGGCUCAUCUUUAGUAAGAGGAGGGCAUGAAAUGGAGGCUGCUGGAGCCUCCAGGGGCUUUUGUGGCUGUAUUUCUUUCUGGGGCAGCUGCUGGCUAGAGGAGGGGUUUGCAGAAAUCAUUAGCCUGGUCUCUGGAUGGCUGUGCCCUGCUCUUUUUCCUCCCCAGGGGACCAGGUGGCUGGACAGCCUCAGGUGCUUGGGGCAGAGGAGGAUGGCAGUGGGCCCCAGACACAACUCCACACCGUGCGCUGGCUGUGGAGCUGCUGGAUCCUGUCCCCUGGGCAUAGGGAGUGUUUCCCUUGUGCUGAGCAGCUGCGAAAGCCCUCAGUGUCACAGCGAGGAGCUCCAGCUCCUCUUAGGACAUGGCAACAGCCAAGAAGUGCCCUAGGCAGAGAGAGCAUCAUCAGGGCUGUGCGCUCAGGGCCCUGUGCCUGGUGGAGAGGGAUGCUGUGAGGAGCUUGGCAGGGAUGAGCCCAGGUCCAGGUCAUCAGCCUGUACCUGUGAGUAGGUGCCUCCAGGUUCAAAAACAUCUUGGUAUGGCAUUAGAACAUCAUUAAGUAGGACUGCCUGUGGUGACUUGGCCUCUUCAUCUUGUUUGCUGCCCUGCAACAGCCCAAAUCCAGUAGAAGCCCAUGGUAGCUUCUGCUGCCAGACCUUGGUGCUGGUGGGUGGAGGGCUUGUGCGGAGCAGGCGGCUGAGCCACUGCCAAGAGCCUCGGGUAUAUUUUUAUAGGGAGAUUGUCUAGUUAGAAGCAGCUGUGUUGGGUACAGGCGGGGUGGGAGAGCAGGUUGAUCUCUGUUGCUGUGCCUUUGGGUCAUGUUUUGUACCGUGAGGUGCACGAGGUGAUGGAAAUAGCAGGAGGCACGUGAGUGUCAGGAAGUGUGGUGCUGGGUGGGCAGGCAGGGGCUGGCCUGGAGGGCCAAUGUCCACUGGGCAUGACACUGCAAAGGGCUCUCUGCUAACUGCUGGUGUUUCUUUUUCAAACCAAAGAGCAGUUGGGGCCAAAGGCUCUUGGGAGUAAAACCUGUACCUGUAUUGCACUUCACUUCUGAGAUUUAUUUCAAGAGACUUUCACACUUCUUCAUGCUGCCUCUGCUUGGCCUCUCGCAUCAUUUGCCCACCCCACAGCACCCAAGAGGGUUGCUGUGCUGGAGCUGGUGUUGCAUCAGCCCCAUGGCAAGUGCUCCUGCAUGUCUUCCAAGACCUGGUUGCCAGACCGCCUGAGGAUGCUCUGUAGGGCUGGAGUAGGGGAUGGUCCCUCCCGAAGGGUUUUUCUCUUCAGCAGGCAGCUUGAGCAUAGGAUGCCACUGGGGAGGUGGCAGGGGGGGUUAGGCUGGCCGAAGGCAGCGUGGAUGUUGUCCAGGAGAUAAAUCCUGCUCUCUAGGGCUGCUGUUCCUCUGGGUUUCUGGAUCCAGGAAGAAGGUGUUACCUGGGCUUUUUUCCAAUCUUCGCUUCUGCUUACCGUGCCUACUGGAUGCCUUUAGCUGUGUCUCGGCCUCUUCCCUUCCACAGCUAUUCUGCUUAUACUUUUAUAAGACCUUCUAGGCUUCUUUGUCCUUUGUUCAAUUCUUUAUUUGUAAGCAGCAGUUUGGUUUUCAUCCCUUUUUCCAUUUUGCUUGCAAGGUCUUUUCCUCUUUUCCCAUCCCCUCCCCACCCCAAACUCCUCUCCCAGGCUGUGGCUGGAUCCAUGUGAUUCCACACCACUGGUAAUGCGGUCAGGUGUUUGAGACCUGAAUCUCGCUGGAAUCCAGUGGGUGUUUCUGGUACUUCCCCCCGCCAUGAGGCCAUCUGUCUCUCUGGGUACAGGCGAUGCCGGUGGCCUGGCAGCUUGGCUUGGCCGGGUUGUGUCCCUGGUACAGCUGGCUCUGGCGAGUGAGUCAAAGCCAGAAUCAGGAGCCAGAGCAGAGCUGUAGGAAAUGGGCACUGGGGUGAGAGCGGCCAUUGCCAUGGUGAGUCCCCUUGCCACAUCU